AUGGCGUCUUUGACUCCGCCUGCUGUCAGUGUUUCCCCGUUGAUCAAGACUGCGAGAUGGGGAUUGUUAAUCCUAGGAAUCACUUACGGUUAUAAGCACAAUAGGACUCUGGCAGCCCGGGAAGACAAGUUGAGAGAGGAAGAGGCCAAGAGGAAGGUGAUCAGAGAUCAGCAGUUGGCUGCUGAGAAAGGCCGACUAGCGAAAGCUGAAAUGGACGAGAUCGGGAAACAAGCUGGUAUUUUGGAUUUGGCGAAGCAGGCGGGAAUCCGAGAGUGAGAAUGGAAUCAUCAUUCAGCGGGUGUUGCAAUAUCGCCGUGUGAAUCCGAGUGUAUGAAGUUGUAGUGUUCCGUGCGCCGAAGAAGCUGCGCCGCGUUUCUGUCGAAAUUAAAUUUACUAUUAGCCAUUUUGCUGCGAACGGAUGUCAUUUUGAUCAGCUUUCUCCAUGUGGAAAUCUUGACCCAAGGCAAGGUUUUUAUAAAGCAGGUGUUGGUUUUUUUUUUGUAUCAGACGUGAGCCUGACACGUUUGUUGAAGUGGCAUUUUGGACGGUCAAUUUUUUUAAAAAUUUCGUUUAAUUAUUACCGU